AUGGAGACUCUUUACAUCUAUGGAACAUGGAUGGCAGAAUAUCUCCAACGGAGCACGAAGACUUAUGAACGUUUCUGGCUUGUGGUCACACAUCUUGGAGAUCCCAAGGCUGCGUUUCUGCUCGUCUUUCCAUUCUCUUAUUUCUUCAGUAAACGAGUGGGCAUCGCCGUUCUUUGGGUGGCGGCCAUUUCUGAGUGGCUCAACUUGGUGUUAAAAUGGAUGCUGUUUGGAGAAAGGCCAUAUUGGUGGAUUCGUGAAAAGAAUCUCACAAUCAAAGUGCAGCAGUUUCCCUCCACCUGCGAAACCGGACCAGGGAGUCCAUCGGGACAUUCGAUGGUCACUGCUGCUGUCUGGUAUGUUGUGUUUUUUGCUAUGGGGCACUUCAUUCACAAAAAGACUAAAAGAUUUCUGUUAGCAGCUUGGGUUCCCUACUUGCUCUUUAUCGUCUUGGUGUCUGCAGUUGGAGUCUCCAGGAUUUACAUUCUUGCUCAUUUCCCUCAUCAGGUGGUCUUUGGAGCCAUUACAGGUCUGAUUCUUGGAGUUGUUCUUGGCCAAAGAGUUCCAGAAGGUCGCCCACUGCGCUUUUUCAUCACAUUGAGCUUUGGACUUCUGCUGAGCGCCGUCCUCAUCCACGCUGCUCUACAGAACAUGGGAAUUAACCUCUCCUGGUCAAUACGUUUGGCAACAAAGUGGUGCGAGCGUGCAGAGUGGAUCAGGCUGGACACCACGCCCUUCUCCUCCCUGACCCGGGACUGUGGAGCCCUGCUGGGUCUGGGUCUGGCUCUGCACUGGAGGCCUGGGGGGUGGCCCUUGCAGUUCGGACCCAGAGCUCUGUCGUUGGCCAUCUCCUCCAUGGGGCUGUACCACGUGCACCGCCUCCCGCUGCCUGUAAAGCCACAGCUGCUUUUCUACUGUCUUUUCUUUGCAAAGUAUGUGGUGGUGCCUCCGCUGGUCAUGGUGUUGGUGCCUGGACUCAUCCAUUUCUUCACAAAAAACACGAGGACGAAUUAG